AUGAGGAAAUACAUGAAAGAAGACUAUGAAAAUUUGAUUGCAAAGGCCACAUCAAAGAAAUACGACAUUCGAGAUUUCACUCAAUUUGAAACCAAUGACAAAAUAAUAUCAUAUACUGAUGAAUUUCCAGCUCAAGGUCUUUUCUUGAUUCGGAAUCCAGACUUUUAUAAACUUCUUGACGGAUCAAAUAAAGUAUUGACAUAUAGUAUGUUCAUGAUCAGAGUUGUUUCUUCUUUCAAACAAAUCGUUUUCGAAACAGAUAAGUUCACAAGUGAAAUGAAAGAAUCUGUCAACAAUUCAAUUCAAAAUUUGUUGUCAGUUAAAGAAAACAAGAAGUCAAUCAUUGUUUCAUUGUCUUUGUCAAAUCCACCAUAUUGUUUCAAGGAAUUCUUCACAUGUUUGUUGCAUGACUCCAUUAUACAAGCAGCAACAUAUACAUCACAUGAUCAUUAUGUCAGACAAGCCAACUUGUUUAUUGGAGAUUACUUAUCUUUCUGCUUGGAAAAAUACAGUCCUUUGACAAAAGAAAAAUGGGAUUCAUUUAUUUGUGGACAGACAAGCUAUCUAUUGGAUCCAAUUGGAGAAUAUAUUAGAUAUGUUCAUGAUCAUCUCAAAGAUAAGCGUAAAAUAUUUUCGGAAAUGAAAAUUAAAUGCGAUGAAGAUAUUAAAGAAAAAGAAAACCAAAUCAAAAAAUCACUUCUACAACUUGAAAAGGCAAUGAAAAUUGAUGAUCCAUUGAAAUACAGAAAUCAGUUUGAACAAGAUAGUUCUUCAAAAGAAAUUGUUGAAGAUGAAACCUCAGUAAUUUUUGUUUCAAACCAGACAGAAUAUACAUUCAAUGAUCUUUCAGAAUUUAUCAAAAACAAACAGUCAGAUAAACCAUAUUUAGAAAAAUUUAGAAACAAAUUUAACAAUCCUCAAUACAAGAAAAAUCCAGAUAUUACGGCAUCUAAUACUAAAGAUCAAUUAGAGAAGCUCGAAAUGAAAAUCCAAGAAUAUGAUAGAUGUAUCAAAAAUCUUCAAGAAGUUCGCCAAAAAAUUGAUAAUUUUCCAUUUAAGGAAUUCAAUCCUCCUGAAAAUAAAAACAAUAAACCAACCCUAGAUUCUAAUAAGGCUAAUAUUAAAAUUGACUUCACUAAGGCUGAUAAUUCAGCGUUUAACAUGGCAGCUGUUAAUGUUGAUAAAGAAAAUGCUAUUCCAACAUUCAGUUCCAUCAAAGCUGAUGUUCCUUGCAUAUUAAGAGGCAUCCAAACAACUCCAAUUUGUAUUCCUGUUUAUGUUUUUGGAAAUGCUUCAAAAGUUAACAUCGAAUUUCAUCCAACAUCACAAGAAACACCAACUCCAACUUAUGAAAUGAAGGAUGCACAAAUUAAUUUAAUCUUCCCAAUAAAUGACAUAAUACAAGAUAUGACUUUCACGGGAAUAAUGAACAUCAACACUAAAAAGAUUGAGUAUGAAGUCAAGGCUCAUUUCAUUGACUCUGUUGUUUUCCUUGAUUCUCGUGGAAACAAGUUUAUCAAUCACAGGGAUGAAAUUGCUUUUGAAAAAGAUUUUAUCGCAAAAGAUAAUAUCAAUAUUAUCCCAGAAAUUCCAGGAGAAGAAAAUCCAAAACAAAAAAUUUUGGUCGAAAAUGUCAAAUGUCAGUUACCAGAAUCUCCAAUACAAUUGAAAGAUAAUGACAAAACAAUUGUUUUUCAAAAGUUUUCUAAAAAUGUUUUGAUCGAUGGUAUUACUUUCCACGUGUAUCACACUCCAUUGGAAAAUUCACAAGUCAAAAUCAAUACUCCAAUUAAUUUGCAUGAUAGAAAAGUUUUCUUUAAUUCAUUAUAUCCACCAUAUAAAACAAUAUCAGAAAAAAAUGAAUUAGAGAUUGGAUACACGUAUAAUAAAUACUGUUUCCUUGUUUCAUUCUUCAUGAAACAAAACUAUUAA